AGAUGGUGAAACGAGACUACGACGGUUAGGGAGGCGGAUCCCGGAACCAACAGACGCUGGAGUAGGCUGGCAUGGCUAAGAUGUGGGAAUUUGACGCCUUCAUUGACGAAGGAGACGAAGACUUCGCUUCGUACGUGGAAAGAUUUGGGCACUAUUGCAAGGUAGCCAACGUGCAAGACGAAGAACUUAAGAAGUCAGCCUUCAUCACUGCCAUAGGGAAGAAAGUGUACAAGACGCUCAAAGAUUUGCUUCUACCGUCAAAGCCGGAAGAGAAGUCAUUCAAAGAUUUGGUGAAGGUACUGAGCGAACACUACGGGCCUACAAGCCAAGUGAUUGCGGAGCGCUUCAAGUUUAACCGGCGCUACCAAGGGGAAGGGGAGUCCGUCGCAGUUUUUGCAGUCGCGCUGAAGCACAUGGCUGCGAAAUGCGAGUUCGGCCAGUUUCUCGACGACGCGUUGCGGGACCGGUUCGUCGCGGGACUGCGGAACCCAGCCAUCCAGACAGGAUUGCUAAAGAAAAAGGAGCUGACGUUCGAGACGGCGUGUGAGUUCGCCAAGAGCGUCGAAUUGGCCGAGCGAGAGUCUAGGGGCUUCCGACCAGUUGCUGGAACAGACGCCGAAGUCCAUGCGAUCAAAAAGACAAGCAGGAAGCCUGUUUCGGGGAGUGAAACGAGAACAGCCAAGAACAAAUGUUAUCGGUGCGGCGAAGAACAUGACGCAAAUUCGUGUCGCUAUCGAAAGACAAGAUGUUAUCACUGCAAGCGCACGGGGCAUCUGUCUCGCGUGUGCAGAUCUAGGCAGACAACGGCCGACGCGGUUCAUAACGUGGACUACGAACAGCCUGAUAGCGAGCUGUUGUUAUACAGCGUGUAUCACGUCGGGACAACGAAGCGACCGUAUGAAGUGGAAGUGCGGCUUGAAGAAAGCCUGUUCAAGCUGCUAAAACAACCGCCGUCGCUUGCGCAGUGCGCACUGAAGCUCAAAACGUACGGCGGAACGCCGCUUGAAGUCAUAGGCCAGGGCCAAGUCGCUGUGGAAUAUAACGGACAACGGAAGGUUCUGCAAAUCAUCGUGGUACCCGGAGACAAGCCAGCGUUGCUUGGGCGCGACUGGAUUGAGAGCCUCGGGGUCGACUUGAACAGCAUUCACGAGGUCCACACCGAGCUAGCUCCGGACAGCCUCGUUAGAAGGUAUGCAAGCGUUUUUUCACCGGGGUUAGGCCUGAUAAGAGGCUUUCAAGCAAAGCUUGUGCUUAAGGAAGGCAGCUUACCGGUAUUUUGCAAGGCACGACCUGUACCGUAUGCCAUUCGUGAGCCAGUUAGAGAAGAACUAAAGGACCUGCUAGCGGACGGCGUCCUUGUGGCAGUCACGCGAAGCGACUGGGCCACACCGAUAGUAGC